UUCAUUGCAUUCAGUGUGUGUGUGUUUGUAAAUGAGACCUGGAUUGUGUAAACAUCUGGCAGCCUGUUGAGAGCUAUGACAGAUGGAAAGGGAGCAUAAGGCAUAAACACUACCAUCUUUGACCGUAGCAACAGUUGUCUUCCCAAAAUAGCCUCCACUCUAUACGGCCUUAUAUGUGCAGGCCUCCAGCGUGUGCCUGAGAAGGCAUCAUGUAUCUAGGCCACACAAUACCGGCUGCAGGCUCAUUGUUGCUGUCUACCAGCAGUCCUAUCUACGCCUCAGGCCCCCACUCGUGUUCUGCACUGCUCACCAUGCAUAUCACCCAACUCAACCAUGAGUGCCUCCUCCACCUUUUCUCCUUUCUGGACAAGGACAGUCGCAGGACUUUGUCCCUGACCUGUCAGCAGAUGCAUAGGAUCUUCUUGGACCCGUGCCUUUGGGAUCUACUACACUUCAGCUCCCCGUGUCAGCUGAAGAGGGAAAACUACGUUCUGGGACCCUCGCUGCGUUACUUGACUAUUUGCUGGUAUUCCAGUCGGGUCUUGCAAGUGUGCAACAUCGAGGAUUGGCUGAAGACCUCGUUUCAGAAGGACAUCUGCAGCAAACAUGAGCGCCUCGUCAGCACCUUCCUGGGCCGCGUCUGCCACAUAUGCCCCAACCUGCUGCAGAUCAGCCUGUCUGGAUGUGGACACAUCACCGACCAGGAUGUGACCUCCGUGCUUCAAGGCUGCAAAAAGCUGCGUCGCCUCCACCUGGAGAACUGCGUCCGCAUCACUGACUUCAGCCUGGAAGCCGUGCUGGUCCAUGGAAACAGUGUGAAGGAAGUGAAGGUGGACUUCUGCAGGAACAUUACUAAAGCUGGACUGCGUGCUGUCAGGGAGAACAGGCCGGAUAUUAAACUGAGUGCAGAGAGAAGCGCUGAUUUGAUCCCCGACAGCAAACCUGAGGAGAAGGUGCCGCUCAGGAGGACACUCCAGAAGGUUCUGCAGUUCUCCUGAAGAAUUGUAUUCCUAAUAGAAGAUGUGGGAAAUCCAUGGACAAUUACUCAACAACAAACCAGUGUUCUGUGUGAUUUUGAGAUGAAUUUCUGUUGUGUUUUUUUUUAUCUUUGAAUUUCACUUUUUUAUACAAAGUAUUGUGUGCUGAAUGUGAAUAUUCCUUAGAAACAUGUUUUUCCUAUUGUAUCUAUUCCAUAUUCAAUGGACCAUAAUGUCUUAUUUAACG